UGCGCACUCAACGCCUCCAUUGUUUCGCCAGUAACAGCAGCGGAGACAGCGGCAGCGGCGACAGACAGGAGCCGAGAGGAGCUCCAUCAGCUCGGCCAGGCUGUGCGUCACGGUCUGCCCACUCCCGGCUGGUGUAGGACAGGACCGUGGCAAGGGCACGCGCCCGCAGCGUCACUGUUGUCAGCGGCACAGCAGACAGCAACAGUUGUCACGAUGUGCGCGACCAGAUGAGGAACGAGGAGCGGAGAGCACUGCGGCUCUGCUGCUCGGCCCGCUCUGCUUAGGACCACCCCGGGACUAGCCCGGGACUGGAGGUCCGGACAACUAAGGGCGGGCACUCAGCCGUGCACGUGGAGAGAGGUGCCCCCAGACCCAGCGGUAGCCUACGGCAUAAGGUGCUUCAGGAGUGGUGCGGAGGGUGAGGGGCUGGCCCAUGCACCGCGCGGCGGGGACACGGGCAGAGAGCUGACAAGCCCGACACAGGGACAGGCGCGGAGGCCCACGGAGAGACGCUGAGGGGAGCCCCUCCUGUAUCCCCCAGAACCACACAGCGGUCUGUGGAUGGGGGGCAAACAGAGCACGACAGGACGGCCCCGGGGCACGUUUCCAGGGGUGUCCACGGAUGACAGCGCGGUUCCCCCUUCAGCCCAUUUCGGUCAUUACCGGCCCAGCGGAACAAUGGGCCUGCGCAGCCGCUCGGUGAGCUCCGUAGCCGGCAUGGGGAUUGAUCACAGCGCAACUGUGCCCUUCGGCUUCUAUCCCCCCAGAGGGACGGACUCAGAGAGAGCCGGAGGUGGGUCCGGCACAGCUGCCCCUCACGGUACCGGAUACCAGGACACUGGGGGCGGAGGGCAUCACACGGACGGGGUUCUUUAUCUGGGGUCCCGGGGGUCGCUGGCUGACACCUUGCCCCUGCACAUCACGCCCCGCUGGUUCAGCGCACACAGCGGAUUCAAGUGUCCUGUCUGCUCCAAGUCUGUGGCGUCCAAUGAAAUGGAGGUUCACUUCAUUAUGUGUCUAAGCAAGCCUCGCCUCUCCUACAACGAUGAUGUGUUGGCGAGGGACGCUGGGGAGUGUGUAAUCUGUCUGGAAGAGCUGCAGCAAGGGGACACCAUCGCCAGACUGCCGUGCCUCUGCAUCUACCACAAAAGCUGUAUAGACUCAUGGUUUGAGAUUAAUCGGUCCUGUCCUGAACACCCAUCUGACUGACCACUGACCACUGGGCCCACACAAAGACUGCACCAGAACUUGGGGUGGCGCUGAUAAGAACAACUUGAGACAGACACAACAAUCCCAUACUUAUCCAGAAGAAUCCAUCAUUGUCACGGCGAUUAUACCUUCUUCUUGUCGAUUGAACCAAAAACACUUGAGCUCAGAAGCCAUGCUCCAUUAUGUCUGAUUCAGAGACAGUGUGGGCUCGUCCUGUCCCCCGGGCCUCGACCCUGAAAACGGAUGGAGACUGGGACCCUAUUGGAAUAAUUAUGGGGAAACAGACAGUGAGGAGUGGACUUAUAGAGGAGUGGUUUUAUGUUAUUCAACGUAUAUGUGCAAUGAAGGGCUGGUUGACAGUUGCUUUGCUCAUCUUGAUCGAUCUCAGAUUUCAAUAUGAGUUUGGAUCCUUUAAAAAAAUAUACAAAUUGCAGUUUCAAAUAAUUUCAAAGCCCCCAAUGCAAUGGUAUAGAAAGGUUAUGCAUAAUCAUAGACUAUAUAUAAAUAGAUAGUUUUCCAAAUAGGAAGUGUUCAUGGCUGCGCUUCUGGCUCCAUCAACUCUGUUUCCAUUUGACUUUACAUAAAAAAAAUUGUCACCCCUCUCUGUAAUUGCUGCAGUGAACCUCGGUACAUGAUCUUGGUGUUUUUAUUUAGCUAUUUUGUUUGUGAAUAAAUUCCUAUUCUUAAUAUGGAACUGGCCCCUAAUUUGCUCCUACAACUGCUAGCAUCCUGAGCUUCAUUAGACUCUAUGAAUGACACUCGCUUAGUCCACUCUUUUAUACAGUCUAUGUGCAUAAUGCAUUCCUUAAGAACCAUUUGCUUUUGUUGGCCUUGUGUGUAGAACCAUAAUCAACUUUUUCAGCAUGUUGAGGUGUAUAGCUUUUCUGUGGGGAUGACCAUUGCAGACAUGAAACAGCCGCAGAUGCUCUCGGCCACGCCUUGGUCAAACUCAAGUCCUUGUUUUUAAGUUAUAAUACAUAUCACUGUAUUAUGAUAAUCUCUAAGGCAGGUGGUUGUACCAUCUUGCAAGUUAAGCAGUUAAAAUGUCAAUUUGCGAUCUCUAUAAACACUUUUUAAUCUUCAUUCUACUAUCAGUCCACUCCUUCCUCCUGUUAUAGUGAAAGCAAGUAGAGGACACAGAGACAAGGCAUAGAAGAUCCGGACAGAUGAACUAUCCUGUGUAAUAUACAGUGGGACUCUCAUCUCAUUACAGGACAGUACCAAGUCUCACGCAGACUGGUCUAAGUGUGCUUCUCAUAGAGCUUCUGACCUCCUCGCCAAUUCGACCAUAAAUGUAAUCAAACAAGUCCCCACAGCGCUUGUAGAGUCCUCCUGAACGCACAAGUGUGUGUAUGUGGGUCUACAGAGAAAGUACAUGGGGAGGAGAAGGAGCAGCAAUGUAUCUAACGCUCCUGUUGCUUUGUGCGUGUGUUUGUGUGACAGUAAGAAUAGUGGAUUCACAAUGGGAAAAUGUGAACUGCACUGAAAGCCUUUUGAAAAUCACUUUCAUUCAUAAUUUACCAAAGAAAUGCUAUCUCUCAGUUCAUAUCUGUUUUAGUAAUGUAAGAUGGUGACAUUUGGUCGUUAAAUGUUAUUCUGUGACAUAAAAAAAUCGAGGUCAGUAAUGGGAAGAGAUUAGAAAUUGACUAGAGCCGAACACUAUGGGUAACAUCACACUCACUUAGUCCACUCCUUUAUACAGUCUAUCAUCCUAACCUACUACAUUUCUGCAUAACAUGAGUUCUUUAAAGACUUCAUAUAUGAAUUAUUUAUUACAACAUAAUAUUUACCACUUUAUUUUCCUUCACAUGUUGAGAAGUUACCAGAGCCAUUUGGUCCACUAUUCUUCUGUCUGUGAUGUGUGUUGUCUGGCUUCAUGUGUGAAUGUGCACUGUGUAUGUGACUGAGUGAGUACAGAUGUGUGUCUGUGACUGGUUUAAUGUUUACAGUGCAGAAGUCCAAGUCUUCAGUCUGUGCGUCAUCUCUAGCUUCUUCUUCAGGAUGUCCACACAACCGUUUCUCCCAAAGUUAAUGUAUGUGACUGUGACAUUUCCCGAAACGUGGACAAACAGAUGGAGAACAUAUUGUAUCUCUUAUUGUUUACAUUGAAUGUGCUUAGAGACUGACUGGGUUACAAGCAUAGACUGUAUAUAUAUCUUUAUACAGUCUAUGGUUACAAGAGCUGCAAUAGAGACAGUAAGAACUGGACAAGCACAAGUUUAGUUCAUUGAUUAAAAUGCCCUACUACUGUGAUACAAUGUACAAAAUAUAAUAUGAGGAUGUAACAAAAAAAAAAACAACAACAGAUAUUUACUCUACUCAAUAUUUUUCAAAUAUUGUUUAUAUCAUCUAAUCAAGCAAAGAGACAUCACUAAUAAACAUAUUGUAUAACAAGUUGUGAGUAUUGCAAAUAGCACUUUUAAUAGAUAUGCUCUGCUUCCAAAUGAAACAAAAGUACCGUAACAAGAGGUGACUUCAUUGUCACCUUGUUUUGUUUUGAACAAACAUAUUUUAGGUUUUAUUCACUGCUCUGAACUCCUACCUCCUGAAUAAAGCUCAUGAAUCACUUGCUGCAUUUGAAUAGUUUUGAACACACUGAAAAUGUGAAAUGGUCACAGUUUUAGGAGAGAUGGUUGUGUAAUUGUUGUUCAGUUUUAUAUUAAUGAGUUUGUGUGUGGAUGUGUACGUGUGUGUUAGCUGCUGGGAAGGCGCCUCCCUCUCAAUGCUUCUGUCUCCGUGUGUCCCACAGACUAGAACAGGUCUGACGGUGGCUCAGACCCAGAGGACUGUAGUCCCAUGUGGAGCAGUGCCACUGGACUUAUUUAUUCAUUUGUUCAUUUAACAAUAUUUGUUUAUAUUACAAUCAUGUGGGGUGUAACUCACUCUCCAGAACGAGCUGGUAUAUGAAGACUAC